ACCAAGAAAGUAUUAGUAAUCGAGUCCAUCGGGCGACUAGCCACUUUUAUGUUUUCUCAACUGUAGGAUACGAAAACAUAGAACCACGUGAAGUCGAAAUGCAAGGGGUUGUCUUCAUGCCGCAGAAUCCGCAGCAGGGCUCGCCGCCGCCAAAUAACCCUCUAGUUACUGGUAUCACCAUGGACGCCGAUUCCGACCCAGCCAAAGAACUCAUAACGAACCAAAGCACCCAAAGCGACUCGGGCGUCUACUCCGCCGCCAACUCCACCAUGGAAACCUGCGACACCGACAACCGCAGCGACUGCAGCUCCCCUGAACGCAAGUACGUCUGUCCCAUCUGCGAGACCAUGCUCACAUCCCAGCACGAGUUCACCCUGCACAUCCGAUCUCAUAACAACGAAACCGAGGUGCAGGACGACAAAGGCUUUACGUGCAGGAUCUGUUUGAAGGUGCUGAGUUCGAGCUCGAGCUUGGAUCGACACGUGCUGGUGCACAGCGGAGAGAGGCCGUUCCAUUGCAGGUACUGCGGAGAUACCUUCACCACCAACGGGAACAUGCACAGGCACAUGAGGACGCACACGCAGAAGAGCGAGUACGAGUCGGACGCUAGCUCGGACAGCAACGUCAGCGGCAGUUCCAAAAGUACGGAGUUUAACAACAAUCGGAUCGAGUCGAAGAAACGAAAGCUGGAGGUGGUGGACGAGAUGAAUAAGAAACUAGAGAACGGAAGCGAUAACGAGACGCAGCAGUUCUACAAGUGUCCGGUUUGUGACCGGAGGGAUUUUGAUUCGAUCGUGGCCCUGGAGGCCCAUUUGGAAGACAAUCAUCCAGAUUACCCCGCCAAAUGCAACCAGUGCAACCAAAUCUUCCAAAAUAACAAGCUUUUGACGGUCCAUAAAGACACGGCACAUAAUCACGUCAAGAAGCAGACUGUAGCGGGAUUCAAGGAUCUGACGUUUGUGGAUUUCUCGAGUGAGAAGUUCCCCCACAUUGCGAGGUACGAGUGCGAGAAGAACCUUCACACGGCGUCAGAUGGCCUAAGUUUCCAAUGCAAAACCUGUACGAGGGCUUUUCCUUGUAACAGCUCUCUAGAGAUUCACGAAAAAGACUGCGUACUAAACUCGUACCAAAACGGACUGGAUUUAACCAAAACGACUCAACCUUCAGAGAAGGAUAUUCGCAGAAGCGAGUUUUUCUCACGACUGAACCUUCAAGACAACUCCCCGGAGAAGUUCGUACCGCAGAUGAGCGAAACGUCGAAUAAACUCAGGCAGCAGCUUUUGGCCAAAGUCAUGACCAACGAUACUACGAAGGAUCUGGCCGACAUCCAAUCCAUUAUCUCCAUGACGACAAAUGGGAGUCUUUUGCACCAGCUCCAGGCCAAGAGCGACCUGAACCAGAAACCUAGUCUAGACGACAACGGUCGUACCGAACAGGAAGAAGAAUCUCAAGAUUUGUUUGCUUUAGAGUUCCGAAAGAUGAAGCUGAGAGGAGAAUUCCCGUGUCGCUUGUGCACAGCGGUUUUCCCAAAUUUGAGGGCACUGAAGGGCCACAAUAGGGCGCAUCUUAACGGCAACAACAACGGAAUGUACAGGUGCAACAUGUGUCCGCACUCGUCCAUCGAUAAGGCGGCUUUGAUCAGGCACAUGCGCACUCACAACGGGGAUCGGCCUUACGAAUGCUCCCUUUGUAAUUACGCUUUUACCACCAAAGCCAACUGUGAGAGACACCUUCGAAACAGGCACGCCAAGACUACCCGAGAAGAAGUAAAAAAAGCAAUAAUUUAUCACCCGUCUGAAGAUCCAACGAACGAAGAACUCAACAAACUCACAAGGGAAGAACGGAAGGUGCACCCUGAGGGUGAGAAGAUCUGCGUCACGCCGAAACUGUCAGAGUUUGCGAAACCAGAAGUGACCCCUUUGAUUCCAAACUUGCUGAAAGAAACCCUCAACGUACCCCUCAAAGAACCACCUAAAAUAUUCUCGAAUAUUAGUGAUAUUAUCCGUAGUGAGAAUCUGAAAUCCCUCAAAGACCAUAGAUUGCAGAACGAGCUUUCUCCGUACCUACCCGCAUACAAUUUUUCUCCGAAAUCGUCCAACGUGUCCACUCCACAUCCUCCAUCCAAGAUCCACGUAAAGAACUUGGAAGAACUGAAAGACACGAGUUACGAUAAUCAGUCAGACGACGAGGAACAAGAGGAGGAACCGAUGGAUUUGAGCAAGAAGAAAUGCGAAGAGAGAAAAAAGAUUGAAGUGAUACCAGAGGACUUGUCCAAAAAGGUACCACCAAAUCCGUUAACAAUGAGAGAAAUUUUCGCCCAUCAGCUUUUAAAGUCGCCACCGAAAAUAGAUACGGCUGCUUGGUAUGCGACGUUGUACAGGAACAGCUUCCCGGGCUUUACCGGGUGGCCGGGUCUCCCUUUAAACCCAUUACUGUUCCCGUCGCUACAAGCCCCUCUCCUUCCUCAAGAAUCCCAAGAUAUGAAAGAACGCUUCCAGAGGUUCCAGCUGUGCGGAGGAUCCAUGAUCAGCGAUAACUUCGAAAGAUUAAAGAACUUCCAAAAUCCGGCCAACCAACCGUUCAACAACUUCAAACUAAAUGACAUCAAAGAAGAUAUGAAGAAACCCGAUGAGCUAAAACCGUUGAGUUUGAACGUGGACACUUCUUACGGUGACAAUUUCAAGCUGCAUAGCCCCAUUCCGCCACAACCCAAACCCGAUUUAACCCAAUCACCCAAUUCCGUCAAAAUGGUGAUAAAAAACGGCGUUCUGAUGCCGAAACAAAAACAGCGGAGAUACAGAACCGAACGUCCGUUCACUUGUGAGCAUUGCUCAGCGAGGUUUACUCUACGCUCGAACAUGGAAAGACACAUCAAGCAACAACAUCCUCAGUUCUGGUCGCAAAGGCAAAGAGGACACUUGGGUAAUCCAGGUAGGAAGAGCCAAAUCAAGCCGAACUACUGUGAUCUCAGCAUACCAAACUACGAAGUACCAAAGAAUCAGGAUUUUGAUGAUACCAAAGAACCGAUCGAUGAGAAACUGAAGUUUGCUAUUUUGGCGCAACAUCUGAGGGUGAAUCAGGAGUUGAAGAAGGAUGACGAUGACGACUGCGCUCUUGUGAUCGACGAGAAUGCAGACAAGAUUGAGAAGACUGACGACAGUAACCAAAGAUUCGAAGGGUUCGAGAGGAGUAGGAUUUUGGAAGAGAAACUGAGGGAGUUGCAUGCCAAACAGAUGAAGAGCGAAAAUAAAGUAAAGAACGAGGAGAACCAGGAUUUGGUGCCGGUGUCCAGGCUUCUGGACAACGCGUCCCAACAACAAUUUAAAGAGUACUUCAAGCGUGAGGGAGAAGAACCAGAAGUGGGUGCUGCUAGCGAGGAGGACGAAGAGGGACUGGUAGCAAGCGGCAGCACGAGCGAAGGGAACGUUUCGGGAACUGACGAAAACAAGUCAGAACCUGAGGCUUCCGCCCCGGUGAAGAAAAAAUCCGCCUACUCCAUGGCCCCCAACCGUGUGAGCUGUCCUUUCUGCAGCCGCAAGUUCCCGUGGUCUUCGUCCCUGCGUCGCCAUAUUUUAACCCACACGGGUCAGAAACCCUUCAAGUGCAGCCACUGCCCUCUCCUCUUCACUACGAAAUCCAACUGCGAUCGUCACUUGCUCAGAAAACACGGCAACAACGCCACCACUAUCACUAACGACGUGGUAAACAACAAUGCUAACUAUCUAAUGAGAAACGUCCCGGAACGACCCUUCAAGUGCUCCAAUUGUCCCAGCAGCACUUUCUCCACUUAUUCCAACCUCAAGAAGCACAUCAGCUGCAAGCACUCCACCAACGCGCAGGGUGAUGACAUCAAAGCUCAAGGCUACGAAGCUGGUAGUUCCGAGGACGAGAAACUACCAUCGUCCGACAACAAAACCGAGUGGGAAGCACCCAAACCCAUCGAGGUACCGAACGUGGUACAAAACUCGGACUUGCCCUUCAAGUGCCACCUGUGUGAUGGGUCUUUCGCGGAACGCCAGGAUGCGCUAGACCACAUCAAAGAUAAGCAUUACGCUGAGUAUGAUUUAUUAAUGUCGAAAAAUGCGCUGGAUAAUAAUGCGACGACUCCCGAAGAUGGGGCUCAUCACGAAGACGAAGAGAACGACAUGAGGGGGAAGUUUCCGGAUUAUUCCAACAGAAAGGUGAUUUGCGCAUUCUGCAUGCGUAGGUUUUGGUCAGCUGAGGAUCUGCGCAGACACAUGCGCACUCAUACUGGUGAAAGACCCUUCAGUUGCGACAUCUGCAGGAGGAGGUUCACACUGAAGCACAGUAUGUUGCGUCACAGGAAGAAGCAUAACGUGAACUUUGACAACGAGGUGGGGAACAGCGACGAAGAUAUCAACAACGCGCCGACGAACUACGAGAAGUUCGUCAGGAGCGAGAAUAACAACACGCAGAAGGAGAAGACAGACGAAUCGGACGGGAAUGAAGGUAGCGAUUUGAUUAGCAACCUUUUAGGGAUAAGGGAUAGGUCUUUCAUUGACAAGGUACUGACGGCGUCUGCCGACGACGCCGCCAAACUUCUAGGGGUAAAGAACGGGGUCAGAGAAUAAAUAUUUAUCGUAAUAGUAAAUUAUAUUUAUUUAUUUAACUGAGUUAGGGUGUAAAUUUUGUACCUUUUUGUAAAGUAAGUUUAUUUAGAGUGUAAGCACUUGAUUUGUAAAUUUCACACUGCGUCUAGUCAGGUUAUUCCAACGAAUAAUGUAAAAAUCAGAAUGAGUAUAGACUAGUUCUUGUGUAUAAAUUUGCGUUAUAAAUUAAUUAAUAUAUUUUUGUACAUAACAAAAUACGGUCUAGAAUACCAAAUAAUUUCUUGUAAUGAACGUUUCCGCGCGACUUUGCCGAGUCGUCCGGGAACCCGUAGGUUUUGCCUUGGACGCUCUGCACGACGCCGAGAUCGCCCGAUUUUGGCCUCUUGAGGGCGCCCGCACGAUCGUGUGUCUUAAUAUUGCCUUUAGUAUUAAUCUCACUGUAAAGUAAGCAAUAUAUUUGUAUCAAAAAUUAUAUAUACACUUUAUAUAUACACCCCGCGGGCUCAAAGUCCGGCGGGACUUUUGAGGGCUUGUUGCAUUUGCGCGUAUUUUGUAUGGAUUUUAGACGACACGUUUUUUAUUUCUUGUUGCACUUUUUGAUUAGUAUUGUAUUAUUCACAUUCACGCUGUGUCUUAAGAGUAUUUAAGGCUUGGUGCGGCCUCUGCGGGAGGAUCGUGCUCACUGAGCAUUUUUAGCAAUUUUUGAAGCAAUGAGUGAAUUAGUGUUACGGAGUUGAUGCUUUAAAAAUUUACCACGGGUUGUCAUUGUCAUUAUGUUCUCGUUCUCCAUCGAUUUUAGGUAUGCCAUAUUCCUGUAGAGUAUAACGUUAAGUUAGUGUAAAACGACAUAUUAUACUUAUAUUUGUUUGAAUAUUUCUUUAUUUCAAUAAAUGAUAAUGCUCAUAA